UUUCCCAAUGAUUUCUGUUCACUUAUCUUUUUUUUCUUGAAUUCUUUUGUUUUUCCAGGCAGGAAAUCUCCAUUUUUGGGGUUCAUUUGCAAAACAAACGGUAAAUCCACAUCGAAUAGCAAAGAGGUAAUUUGUCCCGAUGACAAAUACAAAGAAGAAGGUGAUCUCUGGAAUGUUGAGGCUCAGACCGCAUUUUUGGGCCCCAAUCUGUGGGAGAAAACUCUGCCCUACGAUGCUGAUCUUAAGGUAACACAAUAUGCCGAUUUAGAUGAAUUUCUGUCGGAGAACAAUAUACCUGAUGGCUUGCCUGGUACCCAUUUGGGUCAUUCGAGUAGUUUGGGUCAUCGUUCAGAUUCCCUAAGUCAUGCAGCUGGUCUGUCCCUGGGACUCGGACACAUAACAACAAAACGUGAACGAUCGCCGUCACCGUCAGACUGCAUAAGUCCGGAUACCUUAAAUCCACCAUCACCAGCUGAGUCAACAUUUUCCUUUGCAUCAUCGGGGCGAGAUUUCGAUCCGCGCACACGAGCAUUUUCUGAUGAAGAGCUCAAACCGCAACCCAUGAUCAAAAAAUCACGCAAACAAUUUGUUCCAGAUGAACUCAAGGAUGACAAAUACUGGGCUCGCCGACGAAAGAACAACAUUGCUGCCAAACGUUCACGCGAUGCACGCCGUCAAAAGGAAAAUCAAAUUGCCAUGCGGGCGCGAUAUUUGGAAAAGGAGAAUGCCACAUUACACCAAGAGGUGGAACAGCUUAAACAGGAGAACAUGGACUUGCGUGCACGUCUCUCUAAAUUCCAGGAUGUGUAAUGCUGAUUUUCUUUCUUCAUAUAAAAACACAAGAAAAUAACUAUGGUUUACAUAAAUUAUGUAUACUAAUAACAAAAACCACAACACUUCUUUUCUGUCUGGAUUUAUAAUACCUAUACUAUUAAAAAAUUAAACGAAUAAUGAUAACAACAGCAACAACAAGAACAAGAAAACUAAAUAUGUAGUUGAGUAAUACAAAAAAAAAAAAAAAAAACAAAGAACAACCAAGAAACCAACCAAGAAACCAACCAAGAAACCAACCAACAACAACAACACCACCUGCGUUUUUUGUUAAAAAAAAACAUGUUUUAUUGAAAUUACAACAUAAAUUACAAAUUAAUAUAAUAAAAUAAAAACAAAUUCAAAUCUAUACAAGAAACCAUGCGAUUUUAUGUUGUAAAACAAAAUCAGAAAGCCUCAGUUGUAAUUUUUGUAAUUUUUUAUGAUUUUUCAAGAAAUGUAAGAUUUUACAAAACUGAAUAUUUGAUUUUAAUUCUUAAUUUUAGAUUAUUAUCUAUAGUUCUCAACGUGUUUGGAAACAUUCAAAAUGUUAAUCUUGUGACUUCUUUUUGUUGACCAAUUUAUCGUUUGUGAUUUUACUCGACUUGGAGAAGACAUUAAAUGCAAAAUUUUUUUAAUUGGAUUUUUCAAAAUCUAUGAUUUUAAUUCAAAUUUGUACACAUUUGAAAUCGGGAAAUUUAAUGUGUAAAUGAUUACAUUUCUUUGAAUAAAAUCGUAAUAACUAAACACACACACACAUCUGUCGCAUAUUUAGAGCCACUUAACUACAGAACAAAAAACAACAACAACAAAACUUUCUUAACUUGUAUACUUUUUUGUAAAUUAGAAAAUUUCCUAACUUUUGAGACCCGAAACUGAAAUACUUUGUAACCAUACUUCUGGCCCUUACCCCAACUAUUCCCCAAACAUCCUCUAUCCCCAUCAUAUAGCUUCUACAAAGCAAAAAAAAAAAAAAAAAACAACUCCAAAUAUCCCACCUUGUACUUUUUCUUCCCCCCCCCCCCUUACAUUUAGUUUUAUUUCUAAAAUUUUAAAACAACAAUAACAGCCACUAUUUUAUUAUAAUUUGUUUACGUUAAAAUUUCUUGUUAUAACCUCAAACAACACAAUUACACUUAUAAGUUUAAUUUAAACUGUAUACUACUGUUACUGUUACAUGCAUACAUACAUAUAUGAUUAUUUUUUUUUCCUCAAAAAAGAAAAAAACGUGCGAAGAAAUGUUAAUGUUAAAUAUUUUAUUUUAGAUUUUUUUUCUUUUAAUUUUUAAUUAUUUUUUAAUUUUGGUUUGUCGUCUUAUAAAGAAAAACUUCAACAACAACAACAACAAUACUUAAAAAGAAAACUACAUAGAAAAACAAAAUGAAAACAAAUACAAAACCUAUUUAAUAAAUGAAUUAUUAAAUAUACUAUUAUAAAGGAAAAAGAUCAAGAGCUAUACAAUAUAUAUAUAUUAAUUAAAACAAAAGAACAACAACAAAUAUCUUAAGAGUAUUGGUUUAAUUCUUCACAUCUUCAUACAGCCAUUGUGAAAAUGAAACAUGGUACGUUAGGCUAGGUGACUGGCAGAUUUGAUAGAUAUUUUUUUAUUUUCCUUGAAUAUCAGAACGAAACAGACACAUAAAUAAUCCAUAUUUAAAUAUGAGAAGAAGUUUUAAGCGAGUGUUAUGCUAUGGCAAAAUCAAUAUUCCCCAAAGAGACAUAAGUAAUUAUGGCAUUUUCGGUUUUAAUUUAAUUAAAGAAGCAGCCUUUUCAUUUUAUGUGCCCCUUUUGUUAGUUGAUUUGGUUUUUUUUAUUUCAAAAAUAUGUGAAAACAUCUCUAGAAAGGUACACAGAGGAGUCCAAAGGUCAGUUGGCUUAUUCCGUAACUUUUUAACGACAGUCGAUGUUGUUGUUUUAUUGAUUUUUCCUUUCAUUUUAAUUUUUUGCAAAUAUUUUGGAAGCUCUCGUCCAUUCUCAAAAAGCUUUGAUAUUUUUAAAAUUUUCUAUUUAAUUUCAUUAGGAGUUGUGAUGGUUGUGGCAACCCCAAUAAAUUCAAAAUUUAUAAAAAAAAAAUUGUAAAAUAAAAUUGAAAAAUGUCGAGAAAACAUUUAAUGGAAACGGACCAGCAAGAUGCGUCAGCAAAAUCUUGAUGUUCCCUAACAUACGCAUACAAUUUCUGUCCGAAACAGAGUUCCUCCGUUUUUCUGACAUUUUCGUUCGUAUUUUUUCGUUAAAAACAUAAGUAGAAGGGGGGGAUUUAGGAUUUCGUCGUUGGUUGACUAUUAGAUGGCAGUACUUUUAAAGUGCUUGACAUUGAUUUAGCUGCGGCAAUACGAAACACAAAGCCCAGAAUGAAAUCGGAUUCCUCAUUCCCUUUAGGCUUCUUCGUGCAGAUUUCUAGAGAAUACUACGACUAUUAUAAAUAAUUUCGAAAAAAGAAUUACUUUUUCUCUUGCCUGCAUUCAAACCUUUUAAUAAUAUAUCUCACAGAAAUCAGAACACAUUAGAUUGCAACCUAAAAUUUGACAUGCGGUACGAAAAUGCUUACCUGAGUCACUAGGUUAACAGUUACAUACGACCUUAUUACUCAAAUGGGCAAGGACUGAGGUAACUAAAUAAAGGUGAGAAUACAUAAAACGCUUAUUUGAAUGGCUUAAGUCAUCGGCUGGCAUCUUCGGAAAACAACAAAGUAGCAAAGGGUCAACAUCCAACUAAGUCAGUCUAAAAAAGGAAGAAGACAGUCGAUGACUUAAGCCAUUCAAAAAAGCAUUUUAUGUAUUCUCACCUUAAAAAUCAAUUGUACCAAUGUAAAAAUCUUCACUUCGAACAAUUAACUAUGUUUUAAUUGUUUAUUCAGAAUCAUUCUUUUCCAGAGCCUGCAGUUUCCAAUCCCCGAAAAAUCAGUAAAACCUAAACAGAACACGAAUUAGAAAAAUAAAUAUUUUCAAAUUUUGUUAAUUGUAAAAUUUUGUGAUUGAAAAUCGUACAUUAUUUCGAAUGUAAUGUUUAUACCCUACAACACUAUGUGUUGGGGGUAUUAUAAGUUUGAUUGGGCCAAAAAUUAUGUAACACCACGAAAUACUGAUUUCCCACAUAGGAAAGUAUAUAUGGAUCUUCCUAGCUCGCCGAGCUGAGUCGAUCUAGCUAUGUAUGUCCGUCCGUCCGUCUGUCCGUCUGUCCAUGUUAAUUUGUAAUCACUCUACAGGUCGCAAUUAUGGCCCGAUCUUAACGAAAUUUAGAAUGGAGGUGGGGCUAGGGUCAGAAUAGAACCCUAUUUCUUUUGGAGAUGAUCGCCAAAUGUUUAGGGGUUGAAAUGGACCAAAUACUAAAAAAAUUUUGGAUUUUGCAGUAGCUAUACAGGUCGCAAUUAUAGACCAAUCGACGCGGAAUUUCGCAUGUAGCUAGAGUUUAGGACGGGGAAGAAGCCUACCAAUUUGGGUGGUCAUCGGAUAAUAUUUAGCGGGUAAAAUAGACCAUAUCUUUUUUGUUGAAAAAUUUAAAAAUUUUCAUUAAAUCGGGAAUAUUUUAUAUCCUGAGGAAAUCACAAAGCCAUGUCAAGGUUACUUCUGACCUUUACAUUGAUGUUAAGACCCAACAAAUCGGAUAUAUAGCAAAAUAUGUGCGAUAUAUAUGUCUAUCAAAGGAGAUAUGCUUGAAAGAUCUCAUAUAUGUCGAGAACGGCUGAACUGAUUUCGACAGUUCUCACUAAUUCAGAAUGGCCUCUUGGCAGGAAAGGAAAAACGUCUAAAAAAAUCGCAUAAAAAUAUCUCUUUAAAGAUGAAAAUAUUGAUUUUCUAAAAUUUUCUCAUAUUUUUUCAAUUUUGUCAUAUUUUUGGCAUAUUUUCAUUUUGAAUUAAACAUUUGGUAAUAUUUCUACAGCUAACAAAACUAAGUAGUUACGAUAUCAGGAUAUCAUAUACAGAUCGCAUUUAUGGCCCGAUCCUAACGAAAUUUGGCAUGGGGAUCAGAUGAGGGUCAGAAUAGAAGCCUACCCUUUUUGGAGAUGAUCGCCAUAUAUUUAGGGGUUGAAAUGGACCAAAAAAACUGCAAAAUUGUCAGGAGGUCGUAAUUACCGCCCAAUCCUCACGCACAUUUGAAUGGGGAUUACCGGACAUUGCAAAAACCAAGCAGUUUUGGAUGGCCAUCAAAAAUAUUCAAUGUGUGAAGGAGUUUGCCAACUUUUAUAGACAAAACACGAAAAUGUCCAUUCCAGUGACUUUUUGGAGAUUUCGCACUUCUGACUAUUUCGUUAGCGCUGAUUUCGUUGAAGAAUAUAGUCAAAUCACUGUAUCUCAUAUAGAUGCGUUUUAGUCAAAAACCAAUAAUCAAUGUUAAUCUUUUGCCACUUCUGAGAGAUUAUAGGUCUUUGGGAAAUAUUCGUUCCAGAUCUAGGAAGACCAUUUAAGUGCAACAUCUACCAAUAAAUUGGAAAUAAGCAAAUUAGUUAAGGUUGCUAUUAUUCGAAAAUUAGAGAACGAAACCUGAUGGUUUUCUUUUAUUAUUUGUCACAAUAUCUUGUGGAAUUCUUUCGAGUAUCUUGCCUAUAUAAACUGUAUCGUUUAUUAUAGUGUUGUAGGGUAUUCAACGGUCGGCCCCGCUCGACUGUAGCCUUUGCUUACUUGUUUAAUAAUAGGAACUAACUUGUAUCUAGUAUUUCGUUAUCCCAGGUUUACACAGUAGUUAAGGCAGUGAUUUUCCGGAAGUUAAUUAUAUUUUUCGGGUUAACCCAAUUAAUUGAGAAAUCAAAAUAAAUUAGAUUAUAGCAAAAAAAAAUUAAAUCAAUUGUGGGUGAUGAAUUUUCAGGUUAACCCACGUAGAGAUUUAUAUGUAAAUGGUCUAUUAGAAACUCCUGCCCCAUGUGUUUCCUUGUUAAGCUUUAGGCGUAAAGAAAAGAUCUGAACAAUUUUUCUACCCACAGUUGGACGACUAAAACUAACUAAGACGACAAAACAAGGCCCAUAUAAGGUCAGUCAAAAAGACUACAAUUUGACAAUAAAUUUAUUCGUUCUAGAAAUUUUGUAAUUUGACUUUCUUUCAAUUAAAAUGAUGUUUUUGAUGGCAACCUCAUUUUUUGAGCUAGUGACAAAAAAAUCUUUAAAAUUGAAAUUCAACAUUUUGUUAAAAAAAAAAAAAAAAAAAAUCAAGUUAAGGCUGACAACAUUGGUAUCAAUCGGCAGGUCUUAGAGACUACUUUGAUUCCAUCGGUAACUAACCGACAAAUUUCGUUAAUUACCGAAAUUAUAAGCGUUUUAAUUUUACGAAUUUUUUUCGGCAACUCAAAAAAAAAAAAAAAAAACAAAGAAUUCCACUACAGAUGGUCUUACUGGCCGACCUUACAUAGGCCUUGAACUUAAAUGGCGAAUAUAGCAGCCAGAUUCGAACUGAGAAUAAACUAUCUUAUUCGAUUCGAUAAAAAAAAAUCGAUCGAAAUGAAUUUUUAAAAUGCCCUAUUUGGACUUUCUUGAAAUUUUGAAAUAACUCAAUAAAAUCAAGCCCAACAGGGUCUUCUUUCCCGCUAAUUAUUCCAAGACAUUUUCAAAUGCAAUUCAAAACAUUUUAAUUGUAAAUCGCAAAAUUUCAUUUUAAAUUCGAGAAUUUCGAAAAAUCCCAAUAGAAUUUCCAUUUGUAAUUCGAAAUAUUUCAAUUGUAAUUUGAGAUAAACAUUUGCUAUUCGUAAAAUUCCAUUUGAAAUUCGAAAUAUUUCAUUUGUAAUUCGAAUAUUUUUUAAGCGAAUAUUUUAUUUGAAUUUCGAAUCAUUUUAUUUGUAAUUCGAAAAAGCAAAUAUGAAGCCAAUACAAAAAUAUAUUGUUUCGAAUUUCUAAUGAAAUUUAAAUUACAAAUGAAAUAAUUCGAAAUUAAAAUUAAAUUUUACGAAUAACGAAUAGUAUUCUCGAAUCGAAAAUAAAAUGUCGCAAAUAACAAAUUGAAUACAAAAAUUACGAUAUACAAAAGGAAUUCUCAACUUUCAAUUAAAGGAAAUUCUUGAAUUUUAAAUAAAAUGUUUCGAAUUUCAUCUGAAAAAUUGUAGUUCGAAAUAAAAAAAAAGAAAAAAACAUCUCCGAUUCUCAAAACAACAAUGUAAACAAUUUGAUUGGCAAAAAAAUGGGAAAAUUUUUUAACUAAACAUUUUCAAUUUGGAUCAGCCAAAAUUGGAACAUGUCAAAAAUUAUUACAAAAAAAAAAAAAAGACUAGUUCCACACUUGACUUUCUUGCAAAAAAUGUUCUUAUAGCUCACAUUUAUAGCCUGAAAUAUGACGUCUUUUGAGGGCCUCGGAUUUCCAGCCAUUAACAAAUCUAAAAUAGCCAUUACCAUCAUAUUGUGGCACAAAUGUCUUCAGGCUUAUACUGACAUAAAAUUCUUAUUUGAUUUAGAAAUUGUUUUCUAUCGCUGGAAUUAAAGACUUCAAGGAAGGAAUGUUGUAUCAUAAUGAGGAAUUUAAACCAGAGUCCACCAAAAUGAGACCAGACCCAACAGCAUGUGUGUGGGAAAAAGAAAAUGUUCACGGGAAUGUAUGAGUUGAAUAUCCGAACAACUUCGUCAACACAUUCGUAAAAUUACUCACGUUGAAUACUUGUUUUCUAAUAAUUUGAAAUGGAUUGCUUAGUUUUUAAAAUCCGUCAUGUCCAUCAGCUCUACUCAAAUCAACGACAGUUAAAAAUAAUUUUUUGAAAAAAAGUUGCGUCGAAAAAAAUUAGAUAUCCAAUUUUUUUUAAUGUUUGUUGCGUUCCCGUACCUUUCAAUGGUGGAAAUAGUAAAAGAGAGCAUUUUCGCUCUGAUUUGCCAAAAUAAGCAUCUCAGCCAAUCAGAAGCUUGCAACCAUGCUAAUAUUUUUUACCAUUUGGGUUUGAUUUGCCAGAAAGUUUUUCAAGAAAAAAAUUGUACAACUAGUACAACAUAGUUUCACAAAGGGGGUUCUGGAACACACUAUAUAAUAAAAUUGUGCAUACACAAGGAUGUUAUAAAAGUUUUUAUUUCACCUUUUCAAUGAACAAGAAUUGAUAUCCUGGUCGAAUCUGAUUUAAACUCAACUGAAGCAACAUUUGUUUUAGGUUGUGCGGCAGGAGGGAACAUUUCUACACCUAUAUUUUGUCAGAUCAGUUGCCAAAUUGUCACUCCAACUCUUUUUAUUACUUCUUGCCUACUAAGAGCAGUUUUUCAAAAUCACUCCUAAUUUCAAAAUCAUUUUAUCUGUAUUAAUUCGAUAAUUUGGUAUGAAGUGCAAUGCAGGGAAACAUUUACUCUUUUAUUUUCAAAAUAAUUUUUAUUUGUCCCCUUCUUUAUUUCCUCAGCCAAUUGUCUCGUUUUCUUCUAAACAAAUACUGCUGUAAUUUUUGCCUUUACCCACCACUCCAGCCCAGCCCUUCACUUUUCAAGAAAAAAAAAACAACAAUUGCAAGACCCGCUUAAAAACAAUAAACUAUCAAGGAAAAGAAGAAAGAAUACAAAAAAAUAUAUUAUAUAUAAAUAAAAAUGAAAAAAAAAAAAAAAAAA